UCCCUCAAGUGGAAGGUCCUCUAGCUUUUAUUAUUAUUAUGUAGCAUCUCCUGGGUGACUGUUGGACCCGACUACACAGGAGGCGGCGACCUCACCCUGCUGCUGCUGCCGGACUUGUGACUCCUCCCCCCCCCUCCUAGAAGACGCUCAGAGUUCACCAUCACUUCCACCCUCGAACACUUACAUCUGAGAAUUUGGGAUGGACAUAGCCAGCAGUCACCUGUGCCAGGAGGUCCUGAAACUAACCCUGGAGAUCAUCUACCUCCUGACUGGAGAGGACUACACCAUAGUGAAGAAGGCAGAAGAAGACAUCACCAUCCCUCCGCUGACCUCAGUGAUACAAAAGGAGAAUUAUGAUAAGAAGAUUCUACAACUCGCCAACCAAAUCACUCAGCUGAUCUCUGGAGAGGUUCCUCUACGAUGUGAGGAUGUAACGGUUUAUUUCUCCAUGGAGGAGUGGGACUAUGUAGAAGAACACAAGAGUGUGUACAAGGACGUCCUGAUAGAUGGGGACCAGCUCUCACCAUUGGAUCAUCACUACAGUGGGAAAGCCAUGGAAGAGCCUGCGAUCGGGUCAUCCGACUAUACAUGGGAAAGUAAAGAACUGAUACAAGAAUUUCAGCUAGAGAGCCUCAAUACCGCACUUCCCACCGCUGCCAUAUUUACUGCAGAUUUGUCCUUAGAUUCUCCUAAACACUCGGGACCUUCAUUUGAUACCUCAGAUAAUAUUCUUAAAAGUGAUGACUUAUUUACACCCCUCGAGCCUGACGAAUGUGUCAUCGAGAACCCGACCUCCAUAUCCUCUUUUCCAUUAGAUUUGCCUAUGGAUUCCCUUCCACACUGGAGAUUGCCACCAGAUGGCGCAGACGAUAUUCCUAGGAAUACUAAAUCGCUGGUACCUCCAGAAUCCGAUGAUUGUGUCCUUCAGAAUCCAAACUUUAUUUCAGAGAGCGCACCUUAUACCAACAAGAAGCCCUUCCCGUGUCCUGAGUGUGAUCGAUGCUUCAAGACAAAGAAAAGCCUUGCCGUACAUCUAAAAACCCACACAGGGGAGAGGCCGCUGACCUGCUCCGAAUGUGGGAAAAGCUUCAUCCACAGGCGGAGUCUCCUGGAUCACCGAAGAAUCCACACCGGGGAGAAGCCCUUCCCUUGUUCUGAGUGCGGAAAGCGCUUCAGACAUAAAGCCUGUGUUUUAAGACACCAGAGAAUCCACACGGGGGAGAAGCCAUACGGGUGUUCGGAGUGCGGGAAAUUUUUUGCGGAUAAAACGUCUCUUAAUCGUCAUCAACGAGUACAUAUUAGAGAGAAGCCAUUUCCAUGUCCUGAUUGCCACGCGUUUUUUGCGCGGAAGGAAUAUCUCGCCGACCAUAGGAAGAUUCACACCAGUGAAAGACCAUUUUCAUGUUCUUACUGUGAGAAGAGUUUCACCCAAAAAUCUACUCUUACCCAGCACCAGCAUAUUUGCUCUACAAAGAAAUCCUCCCGUAAAAAUGUAAAAAACAAAAAAAAUAGGGUGGUAAUAAAUCAUUCAAAACAUUUUAUAAAUGAAAAUGAACCCCUUAAGGACGCAGCCAGUUUUGGCGGGCUUUAGGGCAUGGCGAUUUUUUUUUUUUUCAUCUUCACAUUUUAAAAGCCUUAAUUUAUUUUUCCAUUGACGUAGUUGUACUACAGCUUUUCUUGUGGGAUUAAUUUUAUUUUGAUUGGCAACAUUUUGAGGGACAUGUAAUGUAUAACCUUCAUUAAUUGUCUUUUGGGAGGGGUCAGCGAUUCCGUCAUUGUUUUUUGCUAACUUUAGCUUUAAAAAAGGAAAAUAAGAAAAAAAUAUUUUUUAUCAGGCCUCAGAUCAGACAUGAAAAUAAAUAAAACGACUUACCUCUUCUGCUCUAGAUGGCGCGCUCUUCCUGCACACACCACUCCCUGGCCUUCUGCCAGCCACGCGCUGCCAACUACGUGCACUACAUUUUGAUCAGCACAACACAACGCCUGGAGAAAACUAGGGAGUGGUGGCUACGACCAGCACUAGCAGCGCUACACUCACCACCUCGCUCUUUCCCCCUGCACCUCCUGCAUACUAAUGAACGCUUCCAUACUGGAAGUGCUCAUUAAUAUUUUCUUUAUAAGAUGCACUGCCAUUUUGCGAGUGCAAAACAUUGUAAUUCGUUUUGCAUUCG